UGACCAUUCAGUCUUCGCAGGUCUGGCAGUCAGCAUCUGCAGACAGUGGAGGAUAGUAUUUGUGUGUGAGAAACUGCCAGAUCUGUCACGUGUUGAUGAUUGAAAUCUGGGAGGUUUUCUGGGGUUAGUUAUCUAUCUAGGAUAUAUAUAGAGCUACAUGCCUGUAUUAGAGUAUACAAACAGCUAACGUGAUGACGGAUUCCGAGAAUCUUACGCCGCCACUGUCACAAGAUACGUUUCAUGAAUUGUGGAAUCAUGUUGCUAAUGAUGGGGAGUUCACAGCAAUCAUGCAGCACAGCAACCAAGCAGAGUACUCAUACAGUAAUGCUGAUGAUGAGGUGGAAAUGCAGCUGAGGCGAUAUGAGUUCACUGGACCCACUCUGCAUCAACAAUUACUUAGCAACCCAAUGGACGAUAACAUGAUACUUCCACCAUUUGGUGAUGGCAAUCAUGAGGUAGCACCAUCGCAAUCACAUGUGCCACCUGUCUCUGUGCCAUCUCACAUACCCUCAAACACCCCGUACAGCGGAGAGUAUAACUUUGAGGUGCUCUUUUCACCUGCAGAGAACACCAAGCGUGCAGUAUGGACCUUUUCCGUGGAGACCAACAAGCUUUAUGUAAAGCCACUGACUCCCUGUCCAGUGCUAUUCAAGACGGCGCUACCUCCGCCAGCAGGCAGCCUCAUCCGCGCGAUGGCAAUUUAUUUGAAGCCUGAGCAUGUGCAGGACAUCGUCAAGCGCUGUCCCAACCAUGCGAAUGCGAGCGAGAAUAACGUUCACCCGGCACCGCACCACCUUGUGCGCUGCGACAAUCCGCACGCACAGUACCACGACGACCCCGUGACGUCGCGACACAGCGUUAUCGUUCCGAUCGAGGCUCCGCAGGCGGGUGCGUCCGACGUCACCAACCUUUACCAGUUCAUGUGCUACAAUUCGUGCGUAGGCGGCCUCAACCGACGGCCCAUACAGCUCGUCUUCACGCUGGAGAAUGAUGGCAAGGUGCUAGGAAGAAGGCCGGUAAGCGUGCGGGUGUGUGCGUGCCCGAGCCGAGACAGGAAGGGCGAGGAGAAAGGCGUGCACGAAAAACGCCCUUCGAAGCUCGCCAAGGUGUCUAGUCAGACGACUGAGUUCACGAUCGCGAAGAGACCGGAACUCCAUGCAGAUGACGAAAUGUUCAUGUUGCAGGUCCGUGGCCGGGAGAAUUACGAAAUCUUGCGGCGGCUACAGAAGUCGUUGGAGCUAGCUCAGAUGGUGCCGCAGGCACAGGUGCAGCAGUACGAGGCGCAGCAAGCUCAGCUACAGAAACAGGGGCGAUCGGCAGUGAGUAUGAAAGCUGGUAAGAAAAAGCAGCAGGCCCGCCCCGCACCCAUCAUGUCAGCCAAGGCAGACCCAGAAAGUGCAUGAAGGAAGAUCUCACAGUUUAUAAUACAUGAAAUGUUGUAUAUACGUAGAUGUGUGUAUAUUGUCAUGGCGACUCCUGCUCAUUUAUGGUAGUUUCUAAGCAGUAGUUGUGGAUGCUCAGCCAAUAUAUUCAGCUUCAUAUUUCGUUUCACACGAAAAACCAUAUUUUGGGUAUAUUGUAAUGAUACCACCACACACCACACACUAACUAUUAUAUUUUUGCUUAAUCUAUAAAUUAGAACCAGUUAUAGGCGUGUAGGGACUAUGCUUAUAUUUUGUCCAAUUAUUAAAAAAGCAAGGUUAUCUCUUCCAAAUUCCAAUUGGAAAUAAAAAGACCCUGUUUAAAUUGAGUUUGCAUGCAGUUAAAUUUGGCCGAGUACUAUAUUGAAUGAAAUAGGUUCAUUGCAUUUCGUUGAAAACUAUGAAUUCAUAUUUAUCUUGUGUUAAAUCCAAGAAAUUAACGAAUCUUUUCGAAAUUUUCGUUCUCCCUUCGGGAAAUCUUCAUCAGGACGUGACGUCACCAUAGGUGGCAGCAGGUGACAUCAUGAAGCCCAGGUGGGCGGCCUCGGCUUCAGUAAAUUGACAUAUAUAUAUGUGAGAGUUUGUACGAUCCUUAAUUCGUCCCUAUUCAUGGUCUUGAUUGUGUAUAAUAAUCGAGUAUUAUAAUAUAUUCUUGUUAAUGCUUGACAUGUACAGAAGUGUACAAGAAAAAUACUUGAUUACAAACUUUUGCUUGUGUAUGUGAAGUACGAUAUAUAAUCUUGCGUCACAUACAAAAUGAUUGGCAAAUACUUUUUUGAGUUGAGUGACCAUACUAGGGCAGCAAUGACAUUCUAUGCCACGAUUUAUCUAUCACAAUAUAUAAGCCUCGUCUACACGACGAACCUUAACUCGAGUUAAGCGUUAACUCGAGUUAGCGAUUA